GGAAUGGGCUUCCUGGGGGCAUGCUGUUGUUGAUGUCAGGGGUGGAGUCCAGCCGGAGCCCCUGAGCAGGGCGGCGGCAGCUGGAGGCGGCGGCUAUGGGACAGCGAAUGGGCACGGCGCUCCUACUCGUCGCGCUGGGGUACCUGCUAAGGUCACUGACUGCAGAAGCCCAGUGUGAAAACAUUUACCAAGAUUUAUCUGACUGCAUCUUAAAACUAGGAGAAAAUAUGGCCAGCUAUGAGGAAGAAGAGGAGGAGGAAGAUGAAAGGGACCAGAUGCAAGGACUGUAUGCUGUCUGCGGGUAUUGGGAAGAGUUUCACACCUGUGCCGUGGCUGCCCUUUGGGAGUGCCAGAGGGAGGCAGCAACUAUCUGGGAGAUGUUGAAAAAGGAAUCUAGGAAAAUCAAAUUCCAAGGGAGCCUUUUUGACCUCUGUGCCUCCAGCAACUCCCAGAAUUUCAGCUCCUUGCAGUUUCCAUCUAUUUCGCUGUUAAGCAUCACCUUGAUGGUCACUUGGCUUAAUUUAUAAAGGGAACCACUCUGCACAUA